AUGACAGACGUUCAGAUUCCUGAUAUCUUCGAGGGCACGGUGAUCAAACGUGGUGAUGUUAACUACGAAAGUGAAUGCUACCAGAAUGCAUCGAGCUCGUACAUGAAAGAGGACAUCAUUCGACCGAUGGCUAUUAUAAAGGCAGCAAAUGACGACGACGUGAUACAAGCCAUUAAAUACGCGAGCAAAAACAAAAUCGCUGUAGCCGUUCGCACAGGAGGUCAUCAAUAUAGCGGAGCGUCAUCCACAAAUGGAAAAAAUAUUCAACUCGAUUUAUCCCAGACGUACAAGGAUUUUCAAUGGGAUAAUGAGGAUUGCACAUCAGUGAUUUUUGGUAUUAGCUUCUCAUUGAACGAUUUCAAUGCCAAGCUUAGGGAAGAAGAUCGAUUUGUGCCACAUGGUCAAUGUUCACAAGUUAAUAUAGGUGGACAUAUCCAAACUGGGGGAUACGGUCAGUUGGCCAGAAGUUUCGGGCUCCUCUCGGAUCAUGUCGAAAAAUUCCGCAUUAUUACCGCCAAUUGUCAAACGCAAUGGGUUUCCCGCAACGAUGAUUUGUUCUUCGCCGUUUUGGGUGGAAGUCCUGGAAAUUUUGGGGUGCUUACCCACAUCAAUCCGAACGUUUUCAGAGACCAAGACUACCCGAAUUCUCGCGGCUUCAGAGCCAUAUGCCCAUACAACCGGGACAGUCUCAAGGGAUUGUUGGAUAUAAUGGUGGGUAUGGCAGAAGAUGAUGAGUUCCCUGCUGAUUACAACUAUUGUGUCUCGGUGAUUGAUGAUCCGCGAUUUCCUACGUCUUCUGAGUUAACCUACGACCAGAGAUAUAAUAAAAAAAAAGUUUUUGUGCAACAGGAGGUAACUUGGACCCGGAUUAUCAUCAUUUUUGUGCAAUGGGCCAAUCUGGAAGGAUCUCAGCAAAAAUACAACUCGGAUUUCGUCGACAAAAUUCGAAAGGCAGCUGGCAUUAGUGAUUAUAACGCCAAACAGCUAGUUCAAGUCAGUGACAAACAUUACACACCAAUGUCUAAGUUGACCGGCGACUGGAUUGUUCCAAUGGAACGAGCGUUCAACCUUCCAUACUUCAAGCGUGCAUACUCGUCCAAUUCCAGCUCUGAGAGACUCAAGGAAUUCAAUUGGACAGAAUGGGUUUGCGAUCGUAUUGAUAAAAAGGAUACAAUCAGGAUUUGUCCUUAUCAGCACAAUUUCAGCAUUUUGGUGGCUCCAAAUCGCGAUUUUUCCAAAACGGAAAGAAAGGUUUCACGUCUUUCAGUUGGAGAGACACUCGCCUUGUCUGGACGAGGGGUUGGAAGUUCGGAUGCUAUAUUUUGCGAAGAUGAUCGUCGCUUUUUGUGGGGCUCGCACGAUUUGGACCUAAGUGCUGCUCAGAAGUAUUAUUACGACCGAUACCCUAAA